UUCACGUAGAACCCAGGAGUAGGAGAUUCAGAAUCAAAUCUCUUCUCCCUUCUCCCUCUGGGUUACAAAUCACUUGAAAUAAAUAAGUUAGUGGAACUUUGCUUGAGUGAGAUUUUUUUGAUCUUCAGCUACAUUUGGGCGUUGUGAGGAACCUUAUCAUCAAAGAAAAUGGCCAGCAAUGUUAUCAACAAGACAUAUCCUCGCUCCAUGAACUCCCAUGUGUUCAUUGGGAAUCUCAAUACUCUUGUGGUCAAGAAAUCUGAUGUGCAGGCUAUCUUCUCAAAAUAUGGCAAAAUUGUGGGUUGCUCUGUUCAUAAGGGCUUUGCUUUCCUGCAAUAUGUUAAUGAGAGAAAUGCCUGAGCUGCUGUGGCAGGAGAGGAUGGCAGAAUGAUUGCUGGCCAGGUUUUAGAUAUUAAUCUGGCCACAGAACCAAAUGUGAACUGAGGAAAACCAGGUGUGAAACGAUCUGCAGCGGAGAUGUACGGAUCAGUACCAGAACACCCUUCUCCGUCCCCUCUACUCAGCUCCUCUUUUGACUUGGACUAUGACUUUCAACGGGAUUAUUAUGACAGGAUGUACAGUUACCCAGUGCGUGUUCCUCCUCCUCCUCCGAUUGCUCGGGCUGUGGUGCCCUCGAAACGCCAACGUACAUCAGGAAACACAUCACGAAUGGGCAAAAGUGGCUUCAAUUCUAAGAGUGGACAGCAAGGAUCUUCUUCCAAGUCUGGAAAAUUGAAAGGAGAUGACCUUCAGGCCAUUAAGAAGGAAUUGACCCAAAUAAAACAAAAAGUGGAUUAUCUACUGGAAAGCCUGGAAAAAAUUGAAAAGGAGCAGAGCAAACAAGCAGUAGAGAUGAAGAAUGAUAAAUCGGAAGAGGAACCGAUCAGCAUCUCCCUGAAGAAAGAUGAGCCUAAUGUGAAGAUGGAGUCUGAGUGGGGUGCAGAUGACUCUGCUGAGGAGGGGGACCUACUGGAUGAUGAUGAUAAUGAAGAUCGGGGGGAUGACCAGUUGAUCAAGGAUGAUGAAGAAGAGGCUGAGGAAGGAGAGGAUGACAGAGACAGCGCCAAUGGCGAGGAUGACUCUUAA